AUGCUUUGUGAGAGCCGACUGCUGAAGAUGACCUACGGGGAAGAGGAGGAGCUGGAAUCCAUCCCUCCUCAAAAGUCUUUCCGGGGUGCUUCUAAUCCAUCUGAAGCCAUCCUUGUAUCCAGAUCCAACAGACCGGCUCCCCUCGUUCAUCACGACUCCCCGGAGAGCACAGGUGAAUCAGAUGAGACCAGCGGUUUCCUGGAGGCGCACGUUUCUCCUUUGAGAUCCCUGAAUCUCCAGGGAGCCUUCACACGCAGACAAAUCUCUCCGGAGAUAGAGAUCCCCGUCGAGGACUGCUCGGGUGGUGACACACCUUUCUUGGUUCCUUCAUUCUGUCAGAGCAUUUGUAAAAACUACAGCGACCUCCAUAUUGGAGGCGACCAAGUGCUCCCUCUGUCAGCCAGCGACGGCGAGCUGCGGGUCUGCACCGAAGUGCAUGUUGUCGGUCCUUUCCUGCAGUCCUGUGAUGUUCCACCAGCCGUGGAGGAUUCCCUCCCAGGACAAGAAGCCUCUCAGAGUGGGCUCCAGUAUCCGCUCAGGAGGGGUUCGAACCACUGGAGACAGGGGAGUGGCCGAGAUCGAAGCUUUUUGUUCCAGGGACGUGAAGGUCCAUUUUCCAACUCCCUAUUGAAUCACUACCUGGAGCAAAAACUUUUAGAUUUAUACCAGCAAUAUAUGAUGGAGAACAUGGUAAGGGAAGGGGGCCCCGGGUCGGAUUCUGGUACCGGCAACAUCUGCCCUUUACUCGGCUCGGAGCUGGUUCUGACCAGCCUCGACCAGAUCACCCUGCAGCUCAGCCGGGAAGGCAAUGUGGAGGCCGGCCUGGCAAAGGACAUGGUCCUGAGUUGCUUGUUGCGGGUGGCUGGUGACAUGCAGUCAAGUGAAAUCAGCACCCCCUUUCUGCAGAUUUCAAAUGAGACAUCCAGAGAGCAGCUCACAGAGAGCAAAGGGGAGUAA